AUGGUGAAGGCUCCUCCCAACUACACAGCCCUGGAGGGCCACCUCACCGCCACCGUGAUCCUCGCGCCCAUCGUAAGUCGCCCUCGUAAGUACCCCAACCCUCGUAAGUCUCGUAAGCCCCCGCCGCCCUCAACGGACGCCCCGCUGUACACAUGGGACUUCGAGAACAGCACAGCCCUCCUGGGCAACGGCACACCAGAGGCGUCCUCCUCCUCCGCAGAUGAUGUUGCCCCACAGGACGCGGAGGCGGAGGCUGACGGCACGACGGCGGACUUCGGGGACGCGCCCGGGGAGCCGCUGCCGCCGCUGCCUUACGUGAAUGCCUCGAUGGACUCGAACUUCUUGUACGAUGCGAGUGCAGAGGGCGGGGAGGAGGAGGAGGAGGAGGAGGUGAUGGAGGAAUCUGCGGAGCCGCUGACGCUCUCUCUCUUCGCCAAAGGCUACCGGCGAGCCAUCAAGACGUACCGCGUGGCGGAGAACGUGGCCAACCUGUCGUUCGUGUUCCCGUGCGGCCUCGUGGUGCAGGGGGGCAUCCACUUCUUCAGGCUGGCGCGCGGCGACGCGGUGCUGGCGGAGAGCGGGGAGGUCGACGUGGCCUGGCCCAGAGUGGUGAUGCAAGUCCCCCGGCGGCUGGAGACCUACCACAGCCCCGUCGACGUCGAGUUCGGGUUCACGCGCAACAUCUGUCUGCCGCAGAGCCCCGUCCACUUCAAGGUCUGGGUGGACCUUUUAUACCACGGGGUUCCUGUGGCUGGACCGGACCUUAAUCCCCAGCCCACCACCGCCACGCCCCCCGGCAGCGGAAGGCGUGGCAAGCACCGCGGUGGCUGGACUCCCUUGGACGACGACCGCCUCAGGAGAGCGCUGAGGAAGGCCAGGAACAGAACGAGCGCCCACGACAGGAAGGAGGGCAAGAGCCGGAGGAAAUUCACCUGGAGAAUGAAGAAGCAACGAAGAAGAAAAAAUCGGCUCGCGGGCGUCGCGCGACCGGACGCCCGACAGGGAGAGACGCAGGACAGGGACGGCGGGGAGGAGGGGGAGGCCGAGGAGGCGCUCGCUCGGGUCAAGAGAAUGAUGGGGGCGCAGCCUCCCAGGGGGACGCUGGUGAGCUCGGGCGCGCGGGCGGGGUCGUCGGCCUGGGGCGGGCGGGCCAUGCGCCUCGAGAGGAUCCUGCUGCCGGCGCUGUACGCGCGGGGCAGCCACAGGGUCAGCUUCCUCUGCGACAGCAUCGGGCCCGCGGGACUCUACAGCGUCCGCCUCAUCACGAACGUGUCCUCGAGCCCCGUCAUCGCCUCCUCCGAGUGGUUCACCGUGGUCUGGAGUGACCUGUUCAACCUGUUCAUCCGAGCCUCAAGCAUCACCCCGUGCAAAGUCGCCCUCGGCGUGACUGUGUCUCACCCAGCGUGCAUCGGUGAGUUCGACAAGGUGAGGGUGUUCGCGCGCGUGCGGGCCAACGUCACCUCCGCGGACCCCCCAACCGUCGACAGAUACCUGCUGGAGCGCCGAGUAAUUCCUUUCAAGUCCUCGGUGGUGUUUCCCUGCUCCGUGUUCGAACUCGAAGCCACCGACUUCUGCUUCGUGUAUGUCAACACCGCCAAAAACAAGGCCGUUUCCGAAGUCCAGAGGAAGUGCAUCCCGACAUACAGACCGAACGUGCUUCGCGAGGCCGGCCAGUGGGGGCACUGGAACGCCUGGACCAGCUGCACCUCGACCUGCGGCCGCGGGACGCGCCUCCGCCACCGCUUCUGCGACAGCCCCCCCAGCAGGAACGGCGGCGACUAUUGCCAUGUAGGGCGAGAGGCUCGAAGGCGGCGGGAGAGGGCCGCCGCCUCACGCCUCCACCAAGGUGGCGGCUGCGGCUGCACCCUGGCCCUCCCGCCGGGGCAGGCCACGUCCAUCACCGCCUCUGCGGCAGACUGCAUGGGCACGGCCGUCUGGCUCCUGCAGGCUCCUGAGGGCGAGCACGUGACAGCCGAGGUGGUGUGGGCGACCCUCAAGCCCGGGGCGCAGUGGCUCAAGCUUCGCGACGGCGACGACGCCGUGGCUCCCCUGCUGGCCCGCCUCCCUUCCGACGCCGAUCCCUCGCUGUCUGCGCCCUCGCCUCGCCGCCACUCCCAGCUGCCUCGCCUCCGCUCCUCCGGCACCGACCUCCUCCUCGAGUUCCGCUCCGACAUCAAUGCGUCCAUGCUUGGCCUCACUCCGGCCUCCUGGGGCUUCCUCGUGACGGCAUUCCCUUCAGACGAGGCCCCGGCGGUCGUUGGCCGCGGCGAUCUCGCGGCCCCCACGACCUCGUACGGGCGGCUGCUGGCGGGGAUGCACAUCGCCGCCGUGGUGUUCGUGGCCAUGCUGGUCGCCGCCGUCGUCGUGCUGGCCGUGUACCACUGGCGGCGGUACCGGCUGUACAAGCGGGCGCGACUCAUCCCGGAGUCGCCUUACAUGACGCCCCCGAGCACGCCAUCGAAGGAGGUGGUGAAGGGGUCCUCUACCCUCACGCUUACGGAGGUGAUUUCCCUCAAGUCGCUGAGGCUGCGGACGCGCAUCCCCGUCUCGCUGUCGAUCCGCACGCGUGGCGGCGGCGGCGGCGCAGCCUACGCGUCGGUGGACGAGGACCAGACCGCCCUGGGGCCGCGGCACUCGUUGCCCAACUCCCCCUUCAUGACGCGCCGCAUCUGCACUCCCACCAUGCUCCGGAGGUCCUCCUCGCAGCUGGGGCGGAUCCUCAGGAAGGGAAGCGGGAACUUCAAGCGCAAGAAGAGAAGGUUCGCCUCCGUGGACGAGCUCGAGACGCGCUGCAUCUCGCCCAUCCACGAGACGCAGCGCGAGGAGGAGGGCGAGGGCGGCAAGGAGGGCAAGGCCGCGGACGGGGGAAAGGGGGGGGACGAGGAGGAAUCGGCCAAGUACCGCGAGUAUCGCAAGUCCCUCCUGGUGGGCGACGGCAAAGACCUGCGUCUCCCGCCGAAGCUGGCCAAGGAGAAGCUCAACCUGGAGAGGGCUCGGCGCUCCGUCAUGUCUCGCACCAACUCGAGUGCAACCAUGAGGGCUUCUUCCUCCGCCUCAGAGCUCUCCGUCAACGGCACCGACACGGAAAUGGAGUACGACUACUACGACUACGACAUGGACAACGCGUCCGCCGUGCCAGGCUCGCUCUUCGGGCUGGACCCUCUGGUCCUGGCGUGGGUGCCGCCCUUCAUUCCAAUCCCAGGCGAGGCCACGCCCACGAACGACAUACCCCUCCACAAUCUGAACCUGCCCCGGGAGCUGUGUGGCAGCCCGCCCGCGGCCGAGGAGCCCGCCCGGCCCACCGUGCUGCCGCUCAAGUACCUCAACAUCCCCAACACCGAGGACGGCGUCGCGGCCAUGAUAAACAGCGUUCUGUCGGAGGAGGCCAACGACCGCCAGGAGCUGAUUGAAGACGAGGACGCAGGGGACGACGACGACGACGACGACGUGCCGCCCUUCGCGCUGGACCAGACGCCGACGCCAAACAACGGGAAGAUCCUCAACCUGGACGACAUUCAGUUCGCAGACGAGUCCGACGACGAGGCCUUGUAGCGCGAACGCAGCCUGGAAAUCCUCGCUCGAUGCGACCCGCUUGGGAAGGCUGCUAAGGGGCUUCUGAGCCGGGAUAAAGACGCUAAACUCACUGUGCGCUUUGUAAUUCUAAGACUGCGUUUACACUUCUAGUUUUAUGCCCCGUCUCGAAUCAUCGAAGGGUUUUAGCUUACAGGUGUUUGUCUGUCGCUGUGAAGUCUUUGAGGGAGUACAAUCGUCGCCGCCUUGGCGGAGUCCGUCAUGCUUAAGUACAAAGAAUUUUACAAAAAUAUUUUCUGGUAAUGUGAUGUUGUGCUUUGGAUUUCUUGUCAUUUCAGGAGCUAUGGCUGUCUCGAUUCAUUAUCACUAACUAUGCAAAAACGCAAAGCUCUUAGACGCAUGAAACAGCGCGUAGCUGCAAUAGGCUCCCGUGACUGACAUUCCCCGUCUCCUAAAGCCGUUAACCCCCCCCCCCCACACACACACACUUUAUUCUUUUAGUUCCCUCUUUCGGUUUUGUCAUAUUCCUGCUGUUAAGUUUGUUGCCUGUUUACAUUUCUAGUCCGUUGCUAGUCUGAAUUAAACCUAAGAAUUAGACUUCCAACAUUAAAAGGGCGACAAAGAUGUCAGCAAAUUGAUUUGAAAGUUAUUGCAAAAAGGAUUUUUUUUUUUUUUUGCAAAUGAGUCGGUGCUGUUUCCAGCUGCCUCGAGAAAUGCGUUUCGGUAAAUGAAUUUCACUUAAAAGUAUUGAUUAAACUGGAUUAACCAUGAUAUAAAUGGUCUACCUUUUUAGAAUGAUUAUAAUGAUUAAUUUGUUUAGAAUGUUGAAUAUAGCUGUGGGAUUGAACCUGAAUCAUGAAUGCACUGCUUAUCAACUGGAAUACAAUCAACUAUCUGGGCAAUUUAUUUUUCAUGUAGAAAGAGGCUUUUUUGUAGAAAAUUAAGGUUUAAGGGCUGGACAUAUGCCAAAUGUCUGUCCAUUUCAGCAAUUUUAAGAGGAUUAUUAAUUUCUUUUUAUCGAAUGUGGGAAAUAUUUUGUGUAAUUCCCAACGAAUAUUAUCUCAAACAAGGAUAACGCCGUGUGUGAUAUGGCGAUUAACCUUGAAUAUGUAAAUAAACCAAAGAUCAUAUGAUAAUCUGUACAGUGUAAAUAUUCCUGUGUGUCCCACCUAAAGUAUGAAGCGAGAGGGAGUUUCUCGUUAAGCAAUCUCAACUUCUGCUCAGCUUCCUUUCUCUGUCUAUUUCUCUAAAUGUUCAGAUGUGUGU